GGGCGGGGCAGCCUCAGCCCGGUGGCUCUGCCAGGUGAGGGGGCUGCAGAGCAACAUGGAGACAGGCACAGGAACGGCGCCGUCACGUGAGGCCCCCGGCCGGAGCUGAGACCCGACGGGAAACGUGGCCCCGGCCCCUUUUCACGCGCACCCGUAGGAACAUGUCCCUGGGCUGCGUCAGGCGCCCACUUCCAUUGGCGGGACGAAACCUGAGCAGCCAAAAUGUAACAAUCCGCCCCGCCCGCCCGACGGAAUCCGGCUUCCCCAGGGCAGGGGGCAGGGUCCCUCCCUGCUCCCCCGCUGAAGACGUCCCCCGGACGCCGGGGUCCCUCCAUGACUAGCGGCCGCCCCGCCCCGCCAUGGCACACGGUUCAGACUCCGUGCUGAGGGACGCGGCCUGCCCCACCCACUCCCGCAGCUCGGGCAGCGACGCCAGCGCAGCCACCCGCUACCUGCUGAGGAAGCAGAACCGGCUGGUGAACGGGCACCCACGGGGCAUCCGCACCUCGUCGCCCAUGGGACGCGUCAUUCUCAUCAACUCGCCCAUCGAAGCCACCGGCGACGAGAGCGACGUGAUCAACGCCAUCACGGUGGAGAAGAGCGCGGACGGGAAGCUGGGCUUCAGCGUGCGGGGCGGCUCGGAGCACGGGCUGGGCAUCUUCGUCAGCAAAGUGGAGGAAGGCAGCAGCGCCGACCUGGCCGGCCUGUGCAUCGGGGACAAAAUCACGGAGGUGAACGGCGUGAGCUUGGAGAGCAUCACCAUGGGCAGUGCCGUCAAGGUCUUGACUGGGAACAACCGGCUGCGGAUGAUGGUGAGGCGCAUGGGAAAGGUGCCCGGGAUUAAAUUCUCCCGAGAAAAGACCACGUGGGUGGAUGUCGUGAACAGGCGCCUGAUCGUGGAGAAGGGCGGGUCGACCCCGUCGGACAGCAGCUCCGAGGGCGGCGUGAGACGCAUGGUCCACCUCUACACCACCUCCGACGACUACUGCCUGGGCUUCAACAUCCGCGGCGGGAAGGAGUUCGGCCUCGGCAUCUACGUCUCCAGCGUCGACCCCGGCGGGCUGGCGGAGCAGAACGGGAUCAGAGUGGGAGAUCAAGUCCUUGCAGCCAACGGAGUCAAGUUCGACGCCAUCAGCCAUAGCAAGGCAGUGGAAGUGCUAAAGGGGCAGACGCACAUCAUGCUGACCAUCCGGGAGACGGGCCGCUUCCCCGCCUACAAGGAGAUGGUGGCCGAGUACUGCUGGCUCAGUCGGUUGACCAAUGGCCAACUGCAGCAGCUCUCGCAGGCCUCGGAGACCAGCUCCUCCGUCUCCUCCUACUCCUCGGGGACCUUGGACGGGCCCCCGGCCCUGCUCUCCAGCCCCGCCGUCUCCAGCUCCACAGAGGACCCUCCGGCGCGCAGCCGCUCCCUGGAGCGAGUGGAGACGGCCAUGCAGACGGACCUGCCCCCCGAGACCCGGCGCACCGUGCACCCGCCGGAGAUCCUGAGGGACUCGGCCAUCCGGGCCGAGAGCCCCCGGGACCCGCUCCCCAGCAAGAAGCACAGGCCCUUCUCCGGCUCGCCCCGGACGGCCCUGCUCCUGGCGCUGAGCCGGCCCCGGCAGCCCCUCACGAGAUCCCAGAGCUACCUCACCGUGGGCGAGGAGAAGAGGCAGGAGCCGCCAGCGCCCGCCGGGGACAAGGCCGGACUGCGGCGCUCCAAGACCCUCGUCAACCUCUUCUUCCGAGGCAGCCGGGCGAAGCAGAGCUGGGCGCCGGGCGGCGAGGGGCACAGGAGACGGGCCCGGGCCCCGGCCAGCCCAGAGCGGGAGAAAGACAAAGGCCGCCCUGUCAGCUUCCUGGGCUCCCCGGGGCGCGCCGGCCGCGAGCCCAGCCCAGCCGCUGAGAGCUGCCUCCCGCUCCUCCGGGACAUGGCCGGGAAGCUGCUGACGGAGGACGAGGUGACGGCCGUGCUGCGCCACUGCACCCGGUAUGUCCAUGAAGGGGGGGUGGAGGACUUGGUGAGGCCGCUCCUGGCCAUCCUGGACCGGCCUGAGAAACUCCUGCUUCUGAGGGAUGUCAGGAGCCUGGUCAGCUCCACCGACCUGGGCCGCUUCGACAGCAUGGUCGUGCCGCUGGAGCUGGAGGCGUACGACACCCUGAAGAGCAGAGCAGGGAAAUCGCCCGCGCUGCGCCCGGCGCAGCAGAAAAUGCCUCCCCGGAGACACCUCAUCACACCGGUGCCUGACCGCCGGGGAGGGUUCCUGCUGCGGCCGCUCCAGGCCCCGGAGCCGGGGGGCGCCGAGGAGGAGGUGGGGCCGGCGCCGAGGGCAGGGCCGGAGCGGCUGAAGGGCUCCCCCAGACGGACUCAGCCGUGCGGCUUCACGCCCCUGCCCGACGUGCCCGUGGACGCCUGCGCUGCCGCCCCCAGCCCCCCUGCCGCUCCGGCUGCCAGUGGGCCCAGCUGGCUGCUGGCGGAGGCUGCCCAGAGCCCGGGACUCGUGCCAUGUCCCGACCCCUCCGCAGAGGCGUUGGCACAGCCGGCAGGGCCGGGCGCCGAGCGGCCGCGAGCCCCCGGCUCCCGCGCUGGGCAGGGGGAGGCCGAGCCGGGGGGGGACGGGCUCUGCGUGGGGCUCAGCAAGCCCCGGCGGGCCCGGCCCCGGCUCUGCCAGCUCUUCGCUCCGGGAACCCAGGGGGCAGAGGGGCUGGCCCACAACGGCCCGGCCCAGGAGGAGCACGAGCUGCUGAGCGUCCGCCUCUCCAAGCUCAGGCAGUCCUUGGGGCUCAGUAUCUCGGGCGGGCUCGAGUGCAAGGUGCAGCCCAUGGUGAGGAUCGAGACGAUCUUUCCCGGAGGGGCGGCGUUCCUGAGCGGGAGCCUGCAGGCUGGGGCCGAGCUGGUGUCGGUGGACGGGGCGAGCCUGCAGAACGUCACCCACCAGCGGGCGGUGGAGCUCAUCCGCCAGGCCUACAGGACCAACCGGGAGGUGCCCAUGGAGCUGGUGGUGAAGGUGCCCAAGGCGGGACGCAGCCCAGCCAGGGACGGCGCCAGGCCGGCAGCGACGGGCUGAGCGAACAGACGUCUUCCAGGCCCACGGCAGGACAAACAGAGCCUCAAGGGGGACGGGCAUCCAGCCCCACAAGCCCGACUGCAGCCUGGCAGGAGUGGGGGAUGAGCCCCCCGGCUCCGUGCGCUGCCCGAGAGCACCAGGUGGCCUCAGCCAGGCCUGGGACGAGGCCCUGGCACAUGCUGGUCUUGGGUGCAUGGGCGAGACUCAGCCCCGGGGGCAGGGGGGAGCAGCAGGGGGCUGCCACGCCAUGGGGCUGCAACCCCAGCCUGCCCCGCACCUGCCCCAGCUGAGCCAGGCGGCCCCCACGUGUCGCCUCCUGCAGGUGACGGGUCACCAUGUUUUCCUGGCCCUCUCUGCCUGCCCCUGCUGGGCCAGUGAGGGGGCCAGGCCGGCCCCCAGGGCGACCAUGUGGCACCAGCGAGGCCGCAGGGUGGCUGCUCAGCUCCCGCAGGAGCAGGCCCGGGGCUGGGACUGGCCUGGCUCCAGCAGCCCUGGGAGGGCAGCGCCCGAGGCCCCCCUGUGCCACAGUCCAGCUGGCACCUCAUAGCCCGCAGGCCAGGGCAGCUCCCAGCCACAGCCCCACGAUCCCUCUCGGAGCUGGGGGGCCCGGGAGAGGCUCAAAGCCCUACUACUGCUGC